GUGCUUAGGCUACCAGCGCGCCGACAGAACGGCGCAAGCUCUACUCUUGUGUCCGCGAGACCGCCACUUCUUGAAUGCACCGUUACGUGCGGCAAUUAGCGAGCAAAAUCGGGAUCGCAUUUGUUUUUGGGCACCACGCAUCGCGGGACCCAUGUGUUUCGUUUGUUUUUCUGCGUCCGCCGGCCGAUCGUGUUUUUUUUUUUUCAUUUGAUGUUGCGCGGGUGAUUUGACUUAAGGACGUUACUUGCGCACAGUGUCCUCUGGAACGAGGUGACAGUGCCGGGAUUACCGGGAACACGGGUUCGGGUUUUAUGGAGUGGUGGUGAUUGAUUUUUUUCUUUGAAUUUUUUUUAUUGGAACGAGUGAGUCUUGACAGGAUAGGAUAGAGAGUUAGGGUAGUGACAAGAUUUUAGGUGAUCAGUGAUUGUGGUUUAUUUUUGUGGCCCUUUUUUGGAUUACUAUUUAGGAUUUUCUCUUUUUUCCAGCGCAUGGAUUUAAGAAUUCCAGGGAGCUGGCGUACAUGUUUUGGAAACAGUUCGACAUUCGUCGAGACAUAUCGAGAUCAUUGUUAAAGUGUCACCACCGGCGAGUGGGGUGACGGAACGGUGGAGCACCGCGUCAACGGUUAACGUAAUAGUCGUGGGGAUUGGGGGCGGUGCGUGGGCCGUCGACCGCCAACAUUCUCGAGAGCGCCCUGCUUAGCAUCCUCGGCCAUACAGUGGCGGGGGCACACGUGCUGGGCGCCCAGUCGCCCAUGUCGCUGGCGAUGCCCUUCAUCGACAACGACCUACUCUGGAGUGCCGAUCACGACGGCAAAAUGGUCGAUCUCUCCGCUUGUCUUCAGGAUGCGUCAGUAGCUGUUGGACAGCAGAACGGUGCGAUGGGAACGGGCAGCGGUUUGGGAGAGUUGUCGCAAUCUGAUCUCAGUUCGUUGGUGCCUCCGAUGCAAGAGGGACCCAUCAAUGAUACGGAGGACAUUUUCAAGCAUCUGUCCGACACCACGAACAUCGACAUUGAAAAUAUUCUCAGCGAGUUUAGCGGUACGCCUUACAUCAAGCAAGAAGAAAACAACAACAGCAUACCGUCGUCAUGCGAUGGCGGCGCCACCGGAGAUCCAGGUGCUUCGAUGUCGGGCCAAAAGAGUGCGCAGGCCGCGAUGCUCGAGAUGCGAAAGUUCGGUAUCGCGGCUGCGAAUCCUAUUUUGGCCGAAAAACUGGCGACACCUGCCGAGCAGACGUUGCACCAGUUGGGCAAUAGUCCCGCCAACCGACCACAGCUGGCGCCACUCACGCCGAAAGUUGAAAAAGUUGACAAGGAACAGAACAACUACCUUCACCAGUUAUUAUCAAGACAGCAUCCCUCGCUGUGCGACUAUGGAAGAAGGAAAUCUGUCUACCCACCCACAACUGGUUCACUGCCGCCCAGUCCGGCGGAUUCGGGCGUCUCGGACGUGGACAGUUCAUCAUCGGGACACACAUCGACGGACGAGCUUAAGGCCAGACUGCAACCGCCAUCGAUACACUCACCUGUCGGCAAUCUAUUCUCAAGACAUCCCAUGUCGUGGACCUCGUCGGUCCACCACGCUCCGAGGACGACCGGCCACAUGUCCCAACAGUUCUACCAACCCUUCCCGUCAAUAACCGACCCCUACAACAACUAUUUAUUACAACAGCAUCAACACGUCCAACAGAACCAACACAUACAUCUACACAAUACAGGGUCCCCGUUCACCACGCCAUCACCACCGUCCCCACCAAUGAGACCAAUCCCCACGUCCGUCAUCCAAGCGGCCACAUCGAGCGUGUACGACGAUCCCUACAUGCUGGGAUUCUCGCCCAGGAAGUUGAAGAAGGUGAAGAAACAGAAAAUUGGCGAGCCCGGCUCGGUGAAGAGGAAGAGCAGGGAGGGUUCGACCACCUACCUGUGGGAGUUCCUGCUGAAGCUGCUCCAAGACAGGGAGUACUGCCCCAGGUACAUCAAGUGGACGAACAGGGAGAAGGGAGUAUUCAAGCUGGUGGACUCGAAGGCGGUGUCCCGAUUGUGGGGCAUGCACAAGAACAAGCCCGACAUGAAUUACGAAACGAUGGGACGAGCCCUGAGGUAUUACUAUCAGAGGGGCAUUUUGGCAAAAGUAGACGGCCAAAGACUCGUAUAUCAGUUCGUGGAAGUUCCCAAAGACAUUGUGGAAAUCGACUGUACGGGCGCGUGAGCUACUAAACAAUGCCACUAUUAAAAAUCAGUGAGGUCGAUCACUGUCUCGAAAGUACAACAAUUUUUUUAACAAAUUUAUUUAUUAGAUAAAUGAUCACUUUUUAUCAGAUGUACAUAAUAACUCAAAAGACGUUUCCUGUUUCGUUUUUUGUAUUGAAUACAACGAAUUAAAUGCACUGCGCACUAGAAUUCAUGCGAGAUCUCAAACAAUACGAUGGAUUCACCAAAAUGGACAUGGGGGCAAACCAUCUUGAAUCCCGAGACCCCAGACGUAUUACGAAAACAAAUACUGCCAAUUAAAAAAAGUUUCGUGAAUUGUUGAUGGUCUGUCCAAAUGUUUUUUUUUCCGUACUGAGUUUUUGUCAAUCAAGAUCAUUUCUUGUCACAUUCAUUUUCUGGGACUGUUGAAACGGUUGUGAUGUGAAAAAAGUUAUAUUAAACGCGGUUGUGGUUACUUAUUAAGAAAGUUUUGUCAGUGAAAUUGUCAAACACUAUUUCAUACCUAACAGUUAAGCUGCCCAAUCAAGACCAAUAGAAAUGCCGCUACUUCUUUUUGCAUUUAAAGGUGCUUUUUUAUUACCUACUGUACAAUAAUAUUAAUAAUGACUGUUGUUUUUAUUGUUAUAUCAGACGUUAAAAUCAACUAUUUGCAAUGAGUGUUUGUAUGAAUGUUAUUAUACUUGUAUGGAAUAGUGAAAUUUUGUUAUAACUUGUAGAUUUUUAUAAAUUUAAGAUAUUAAAAUGUUUAGCAAAGUCUUUUAUCAAUAUGUAUCAUAAAGUUAGGAUGGUUUGAAGAUUAAAUAAUGAAAUGUGAUAGAGAGACAAGGUAUUUUGGAAAAUUUUUAACAUUUUGUUACGAAAUUAGUAAAUGAAGCAAAAUAUAUCCCCUGCGAAACACAUCACUGUUUUUAUCAAACAUUUUAUACUCACCGGCGAUGUGAUAGUUGGGGGGUAAUAUUGCAAUAAUUGGACAGAGGUGCUGUAUAAAAAGAGAUAUAAUAGACUGUGUGGUGCCUGAAGAUUGACAAAUAGAAAGAGAAACUUGUCAAUGAUAGCUCUCUUUAGUUAAGAAUUGCAGAGUGUUUUUGGCAAAAUCCUUGUUUUGAUCUCAGAUGUACACGCAUGAGAAAAACAAAAAUUGUUGGCAGAAAAUUGAGAAAAUUUGUAAAUAUUUACAGUUUUACGUACUUAUUUCAAUUCGGAUGGAUCCUUUUGUAAUUUAUUUACGUAAGAAAUGUGUACAUUCUGUAUAGUAUUUAUUUUAAUAAUUUCGAAAUAUCACAUUUAAGUUGUAAAUUUUUGUUGUAACGUUCUGUGAUUGUAUGUUUAGUUUCCUUUGUAAAAUUUUCUAAAUUUUAUUGUAUAAGUGUUGUUAACGUUGUACCUAAGGUCAAAUGUGUCUUGAAAUUACAUAAAACUAACUCAGAGACGCAAAUCAGGACUAAAAAAAUUAUUAUUAUUAUUAUUAUAUAUAUAAUAUUAAAAAAGUAAUUUUACAAUAAAAAAACUAACCCAGGUCACAAUCUCAGUGAAAAUAUUAUAUAUACACGUAUGUGUAGAGGUAUAUAUAUGUAUAAGUGUUUGCACAACAAACAAAAUUUUUGGAUCGUCCAAUCUUGUGAUAACCAUCAUAAAAAAAAACAGAGAAAUAUACCCUAAAUGCAUGCUUUAUCACUUAGAUAGAUUUUACUCGUUAUACAUAUACAUGUUAAAUGGUAUCUGAUUUUGUUUGUUGUUGUCUCUAGAACCCCUAACGUUCCAUUUCAAAAAUUAUUGCUUCAACUGUGGAAUUUUUGAAUUGGUGCGGCAGGCAAAUAACGUUAUUUAAGAACCACAUAUAUAAUCUCUUCCCCCCAUUGAUUUGCCGUAGGUAGCUAAAUUUAUAUCCAGAAUCGAGAGUAAACCCAAAAUAUAUUUCGAUUGGUGAUAUUGUCAUGUAAUGAAAUAUACUUGAUGCAGUUGUAAAUAUAGAAUAAUUUUUAAUAUAUCAAAAAAAUACCUACCCUAGGAUUUAAGGAAUUUUAUUGAUUUUAAAUACAAUAUGUAUAGAUUUAUUUAGUGUAAGACAAGGUACUUUAUUACAUAGUUUAUUGUAAUAUUUUGUCAAAAAUAUAAUAUGAAUAAAAAAAAUUUUGGUUUAA